AGACAUGAAAUACGAAUUACGUAUUAACAACGUUUUGAGUAGUGUGCUUUGUAGUUAAUUGCCAAGUGUAUAAAUUUCUUAUAUUCAUCUGAAGUUUAAUAUAACUUGUAAGCAUCUAACCUGGGACGUACUGCAGAAGAUAGAAAAUGGCAAGAAAUGCAGAGAAAGCAAUGACAACGCUUGCUCGAUGGCGGGCAGCUCAACUUGCUGACCAAGGCAAAGGACUUCAAGAAAGGAGACCAUUUUUAGCUUCAGAAUGUAGUGAUCUUCCCAAAGCUGAGAAAUGGAGAAUGCAAAUAAUUCGAGAAAUUGCUAAAAAAGUAGCUCAAAUACAAAAUGCUGGACUAGGAGAAUUUCGAAUUAGAGAUCUAAAUGAUGAUAUCAACAAACUGUUGCGUGAAAAAGGCCAUUGGGAGGUACGAAUUAAGGAAUUGGGUGGCCCAGAUUACUCCAGGGUGGGACCAAAAAUGUUAGACCAUGAAGGAAAGGAAGUACCUGGAAACAGAGGCUAUAAGUAAUUUUUUCUACUUUAUCUAGGAUAUUUUGGAGCAGCCAAAGACUUGCCAGGUGUUCGGGAGCUUUUUGAACAAGAGCCUCCUCCAGCUCCUCGUAAAACAAGGGCUGAACUAAUGCAGAAUAUUGAUGCAGAUUAUUAUGGUUAUCGUGAUGAUGAUGAUGGAAUUUUAGUUCCACUGGAAAUGGAACAAGAGAAGAUAGCUUUGGCAGCAGCAGUUGAAGAAUGGAGAUUAAAGAAAAAAUCUUUGAUUUCAGAAGAUAAGAUUGAACAGGAAGUAAAUAUAUAUGCUGUGACUACAGAAGAACUGGAUGAGGAUGAAGAACCAUCAGUAGUUGACAAAGAUGAAGAGGAAGAAGAAGGGUUACCUAGGUUUAUAGCUCAUGUCCCUGUUCCAUCUCAAAAGGAGAUUGAAGAAGCUUUAGUUCGACAGAAGAAAAUGGAGAUUCUUCAAAAGUAUGCAAGUGAACAUCUCCAACAAGAAGGAGAAGAAGCCAAAAAACUGCUUGGUAUUUAAAAAUAUCAGUAAUACAAUUUUUAUUGUUUAUUCACUUCUAUGUUUUUUUAAGAAGAAUGUUUCCUCCGUAUUUGUCGAUCAUCAAACAUUGACUUUGUAAAUGAUGUAAAUAAAGUUUUUUUAUUUUUAUCAACUCA